UUUCCUUCAGUUUCCAUGGAGAUAGAGCAGAGAAAGAUCAUGAAGAGAGAAGAAGAUGAAAAAAAAAAUCAACUCUCACUACAAGAGGAACAAGAAACAGAGGAAGAGAUGUCUGGGAGGAAGAUUGAACCGUGGACGAAGCAGAUAACGGUUAGAGGCGUAUUAGUGAGUAUAGUGAUCGGAGUUGUAUUCAGUGUGAUAGCUCAGAAGCUAAAUCUUACUACAGGGAUUGUUCCACAUCUCAACAGCUCUGCAGCUUUCCUGGCGUUUGUCUUCGUUCAGACAUGGACUAAGAUUCUCAAGAAAUCAGGUUUUGUCGCAAAGCCAUUCACAAAACAAGAGAACACAAUGAUUCAGACAUCUGCUGUUGCUUGUUACAGCAUUGCUGUCGGAGGUGGGUUUGCUUCAUAUCUCCUGGGCUUAAACCAUAACACAUAUGAGUUAUCUGGUGCGAACAUGGACGGUAAUUCUGCGAAGAGUGUGAAAGAACCAGGUCUUGGUUGGAUGACUGCUUAUGUAUUUGCCGUUUGUUUCGUCGGUCUUUUCGUCUUAAUUCCUCUCCGUAAGGUUAUGAUCAUUGACCUUAAGCUAACAUACCCGAGUGGUUUAGCUAGUGCUGUGCUCAUCAAUGGCUUCCACACACAAGGAGAUGCACAGUCCAAGAAACAAGUGCGCGGCUUCAUGAAGUACUUCUCAAUUAGUUUCUUGUGGGGCUUUUUCCAGUUUUUCUCUGGCUUAGAAGGUUGUGGGUUUGCUCAGUUCCCAACCUUUGGCUUGAAAGCUUGGAAACAAACGUUCUUCUUUGAUUUCAGCAUGACAUUUGUAGGAGCAGGAAUGAUAUGUUCACAUCUGGUUAACCUCUCUUUGCUAUUAGGAGCUGUCCUCUCUUAUGGCUUAAUGUGGCCUCUUCUUGAUAAACUCAAAGGCUCUUGGUUCCCCAAUAAUAUCGAUGAAAAGAACAUGAAGAGCUUAUACGGUUACCAAGUAUUCCUAUCCGUAGCUCUAAUCCUCGGAGAUGGUCUCUACACUUUCGUUAAGAUCCUCUGUGUCACCAUUAUCAGUAUCAACGCAAAACUGAAGAACAAACCUAAUGAUCUUAAUGACGUGAGUGACAAGAAACACCAAAAAUUUCUCAAAGAAGAUGAGAAUUUCCUCAGAGACAAGAUACCUAUGUGGAUUGGAGUCGCCGGAUACCUUACCUUCGCUGCGGUCUCAACCGUCGUGGUUCCUCUGAUAUUUCCUCAGCUCAAAUGGUACUACGUUAUUGUAGCAUACAUUUUCGCGCCAUUUCUUGCUUUCUGUAACGCCUAUGGAGCUGGACUUACUGACAUCAACAUGGCUUAUAACUAUGGGAAAAUCGGUCUGUUUAUUCUCGCGGCUGUGUCGGGUAGAGAGGACGGAGUUGUGGCCGGACUAGCCGGAUGUGGACUGAUCAAGUCCGUAGUUUCGGUUUCUUGCAUUUUGAUGCAAGAUUUCAAGACGGCUCAUUACACUAUGGCAUCACCUAAGGCUAUGUUCGCUAGCCAAGUGAUCGGAACAAUCGUCGGAUGCGCCGUUGCGCCGUUGAGUUUCUUCUUGUUUUACACAGCGUUCGACGUUGGAAACCCUAAAGGAGAGUUUAAGGCUCCCUACGCAUUGAUCUACAGAAACAUGGCGAUUCUUGGGGUGCAAGGCUUCUCUGCUCUGCCACUUCACUGCCUCCAGAUGUGUUACGGUUUUUUCGGGUUUGCGGUUUUGGUCAACGUCGUCAGGGAUGUUAGUCCGGCGAAGGUUGGGCGGUUCAUGCCGCUUCCGACGGCGAUGGCGGUUCCGUUUCUGGUCGGAGCUUAUUUUGCUAUUGACAUGUGUGUUGGGACUUUGGUUGUGUUUGUUUGGGAGAAGAUGAACAGGAAGAAAGCAGAGGUUAUGGUUCCGGCGGUCGCCUCAGGGCUAAUUUGCGGCGAAGGGCUUUGGACUUUACCGGCGGCGGUACUUGCACUAGCUGGAGUAAAGCCUCCAAUAUGUAUGAAGUUCUUAGCUUCAUGAAGUGAAUCUCACUUAUGCAAUUAUAAGAAGUAAAGGGUUAUAUGAUCAUCCUAUUCUUAAUAUAUUAAGAAGACGUGUGAACAAGAAUCUAUCCUUUUUUUUUUUGGGUAGGAACUAGGGUAAAAUAUACUAGCAUGGAGUCGUGGUUUAAUCAAAAUAAGUUUUUUUUUGUCC